AUGGCCCUGGUGAGCACUCAUUGGAGACUCCAGACACCAAUGUACUUCUUUCUGGCGAACCUCUCAUGCCUGGAGGUCUGUUAUACAUCCAACAUUGUGCCCAGGAUGCUGGUGGACUUGUUGAGAAAGAACAGAGUGAUAUCCAUGGCAGGUUGUGUUAUGCAGCUCUACUUUGGGGCUCUGGGCAGCACUGAAUGCUAUCUUCUGGCAGUGAUGUCAUAUGACCGCUACCUGGUUGUCUGCCAGCCCUUGCACUAUCCAGCACUGAUGCAUGGGACCAUAUGUGUGUGGCUAGUAAUUGGUUCUUGGUUUAGUGGCUUCACAGUGGCAGCUGCAUUCCAGGCUGCUAUGGUAACCAGUUUGACCUUCUGUGGUGGCAAUGAGAUUGACCAUUUCUUCUGUGACUUGAAACCUCUGCAGAAGCUCUCCUGCUCAGAUCCCCGACUGGUCAACCUAGUCUGCAUGAGUCUAACAGUGCUGGUGACUUUGGCCCCCUUUGGACUAACCCUAACCUCCUACUGGAAGAUUCUUUCCAUGGUCUUGCAUAUGCCUUCCAUGACUGGUAGGCAGAAGGCAUUCUCUACAUGUUCUUCUCAUCUAGUGAUUGUGACCUUGUUUUAUGGGACCUUGAUCCUGGUAUAUGCUGUGCCCUUGGCUGGUCAGGUGCCAGUUCUCAACAAAACCUUCUCCUUGCUCUAUACUGUUGUCACUCCCAUGUGUAACCCCCUUAUCUAUAGCCUCAAAAACAAAGAUGUCAAGGAGGCCCUGAGGAAGCCGAGGAUUUGA